GUAGUCUUAAGGUUUUGAAUGUAUUUUCCUGUUUGAAAGCAAUUUAGGAGGAACCUGAGCUGUGUAACAGUGACCUACUUUUCUGGAAAUAAAGUCGAUUAAGACUAAUGUCUGAGGGGCACAACAUGAGCCAAAUAUAUUUGUGAAAGCAGUGAGCUUCUGACCAAACAAGGAGCAAAAUGGGAAGGAGGCCUUGCUGUUCCAAAGUGGGGAUGAAGACAGGAGCUUGGACCGCCGCUGAAGACAAACUUCUCUCUGAUUACAUUCUUCUCCAUGGCGAAGGCGGAUGGCGUAACCUUCCCAAAACAGCUGGUUUAAAGAGAUGCGGGAAGAGUUGCAGACUGAGAUGGUUGAACUAUUUGAGACCGGAUAUCAAGAGAGGUAACAUCUCUGAUGAUGAAGAAGACCUCAUCAUUCGACUUCACAAGCUUCUCGGUAACAGAUGGUCGCUAAUAGCGGGGAGACUCCCUGGCCGAACAGAUAAUGAAAUCAAGAACUACUGGAACACAACUUUACGAAAAAAGACACAUGGGAAUCACACUACAUUGGCUUCUUCUUCUAAGGCCCAUACAAAACAAUGUAACAAAAAGAAGAUGAAUAAAAAGGUCGACAAAGUUGACUUGUUUCCGCAGAAUGUUGAGUCCAGUAAUGUAUGUGAUCAUGUUAAGGCUUUAAAUUGCAGUGAUCAGUUCCCAGGCUCCGCAGAUGAAAAUAGUAAUCAUGUUCCGAUAGACCUUGUGCCUGCUGACACUGACUUGGGUGACAUAUCCUUAACGGAGCUGUUGGAUUACGAUCUUUCGGGUUCAUUAGGCACUGAAAGUCAUAUUGAAUAUGAGAUGGAACAUAUGCCAAGCUGGGUCUUUUCGCAUGACAAGACUGAUCUGGAGGAGUUUUGGAGUGUAGAUGAACAAAAUUUGUAUUCGAAUCUCAACCUUUACUCUGCUGAUUGUGUUGGAGAUUGGUUAUUCGUCUAAAACUCUGGCUUGUGUACACCCUAUUGUAUUUUCUUUAGAUAGCCCUUGAAAAUAAGAGCCGCAUUGCACAUUUUCUAUA